AUUAUAGCCAGCUGCUUGGCAAACGAAAGAAAAAUCGAACCAAGAUGCAAGAGAAUUUUACAAAGUUGGGCUAAAAUAUGCGCUGAUGAAAUGUGCUGCUGAUAAGAUAGAGUGCAAAACACGUAGCUUUAGGCGACAGCAACAGAAUGCAUAAGAAAUUGCGCAAAAUGUUGCCUAAAAUGCGUCCGGUACACUGGCUGAUAGUCGCCAUCAUCUGUAUUGGCACCUGUUAUUGGCUGCUCGGGAUUCGAUUGGAACAGGCUUUUAAGCCACUGACUAAGCUCGCGAGCAGAGGAGACACUCAAGCGGUACAGAUUUCAGUUGCUCGUGUUGCCCCUACUUUGGAUAACUUUGAUUAUGAGGAGCAAUUGGUGGUGCUGUACAAUCGGGUGCCAAAGACUGGAUCGACCAGUUUCGUGAACAUUGCCUACGAUCUCUGCAAGUUAAACAGAUAUCAUGUCUUGCAUAUUAAUGUGACGUCCAAUAUGCACGUCCUAUCGUUGCCGAAUCAGAUUUCCUUUGUGCGAAAUGUGACCAAAUGGCAUGAAAUGAAGCCGGCUCUCUAUCAUGGGCACAUGGCAUUUUUGGAUUUCUCCAAAUUCCAAAUUGCACAUAAGCCUAUCUACAUUAAUCUGGUGCGCAGACCUCUAGAUAGACUCGUAUCCUAUUAUUAUUUUCUGCGUUAUGGAGACAAUUACAGACCAAAUUUGGUUCGCAAAAAGGCAGGCAAUAAAAUCACUUUCGACGAGUGCGUGGUUCAAAAACAACCCGACUGUGAUCCCAGAAAUAUGUGGCUGCAAAUACCGUUCUUUUGCGGCCACGCUGCCGAGUGCUGGGAACCCGGUAGUGAUUGGGCCUUGAAGCAAGCCAAACGCAAUUUGGUCAACGAGUAUUUUCUAGUCGGCGUCACGGAGCAAAUGUACGAAUUUGUGGAUCUGCUUGAGAGAUCGCUACCAAGAAUUUUCCUGGGCUUUCGUGAGCAUUAUCAAAACUCCAAUAAAUCUCAUUUACGUGUAACCUCAUCAAAGUUACCGCCAAGCGAAGCAACCAUACAGACCAUACAAAGAUCUAAGAUUUGGCAAAUGGAAAACGAUUUGUAUGAAUUUGCACUGGAACAAUUUGAAUUUACCAAGAAGAAGCUCAUGCAGCCCGAUAAUAAGCAUUUGCAGCAGUUUAUGUAUGAGAAAAUACGACCAAAAUGAUUGCGUUCGAAAUGUAAGGAUAUCAAGGGGAAAAAGCGAGUUAAAAACAGAAAAUGGCAGCUCAGGUGCAGGCUGUAGUACUACAGUGUAUAACAGUUUAGUUAUUAAUUA